CUUUCACGAUUUUGCUUCAAAAUUCCUACUAAAUUGCUACUAAAUUUCUAUGGUUUCGUGCGGUUUGCGCUUCAAUCAAGACUUCAACAACAGUUUCCAAGACUGAAAUUAGAAAUUGAGAUGUCUUCAGAAGAGGCCAGGAGUGUAGUGGGGAGUGAAGUGAUGCCCCUGGAUUACGGUAGUAUGGAUACGGAGAGCAGUCCGUCUCCAACUAGUUCGGAGAGGACGGUGGAGGAGAGGAGGGAUGAAGGAGUAGUAGAGGAGGAGGAAGAGGAGAUCCCCUCAAACGUGUUGGAAUCUGGGGGUGGCGUAGAUGGGUGCUAUGACCCGGACUUAGAGAUAGUGUCUGAGGUGAUGGGGUAUGUGAGCGAACUAGGUAGUAGGAGUCAAUGUAGUCAGUACCGUACCGUACCGGCCGGUACGGCCGGAGCGUCGCGGUGGGCGUCAGAUCUAGCAGCCCUCGCGCGCGCCGCCACAGAUCCGCCGGAGGAGAAAGAAGGCCGCCGGAGGAGAAAGAAGGCCGCCGGAUCUGCAUCGAAUAGAGCAAGAAAUAGCAAACAAACAAAGCAAAGCAACAUAUAAAAAAACAAACCAAAAAAACCCACACAAAACAAAAAACAAAGCCAGAUCAGCAAGGGGAUGGUGAAGAUCCAAGGUGAAAGAACGGAGGUGAUGGUGGCGAUGGUGGAUCUGCAGAAAGGAGAAAAAUCAAGGUUUUUUUUUCUG